UUGAUUCGUCACGACCCUUCUGAUACUAUCAUAGAAAUACUUCACUUCGACAUCAUCCACUUUUUGAAUGUCUUGGUUCUAUUUAUACCAGACCAGGACAUCAGGAGGGUAUCUUUGAUUGAGAAGUUAGGGCCAUGAAUUCCUCCAAAAUACUGAGGAAGGUGGACCACCUUAAUCGCGACCACGUUAUGAGAUUCAAUCAUGAUGUAGUCGCGUGAACCUUAUUUCUCCAUCGUUAUCAAUGUAAGUAAGGCAAGGUAAAUGAAAGCUCCCUAUAUCUAUUUUUUGCCUCAGUAAAUCAUCAAGUAUAAAUUAAUCCUUAGAUAGACGCAGUAUGAGGCGUAGAACAGUGUCCAAAAUGGCUUCAGAAAACGUUCCUCUCUUGUCUGAACAUACUCCCAUGCGCUUUCAGUCACCCUCCUCAUCCUCAACGCUAUCCAUUUCGCCCGCACUUCUCAGAUUCCGUCUCGCAAUCGGCAUCAAUAUUCCUAUAACCUCGCCGGCGGAUUCUCCACCCUCCGAUUUGGAAGGUCUCCGUAAAAAUGCCUACGGGGUUUACAAGUCUGUUCUUUCUCAGCAACGCCAGUUCUCUUUACAGUACCACUUAAUCGAGGGCGUGUACUAUUGCUCCAUCCUCUCUCAGCUCGUCAUCGGUGGAGUGCUCGCUUCCUUUGGCGAGCUAUCAAAGACACAUCCGCAGGCCGUUACUGUACUGGGUGUUGCCAACAGUUGUUUAGCUGGAGUUCUAGGGAUACUGAAGAGUCAAGGACUGCCCGAUCGCUUACGCAAAGACGAAUUUGAGAUGCGGAAAGUCCAAGACUUUAUCGAAGAAUGUGAUACUAGGCUAGCCGUUGGAUGGGGAGAGACAAUGAGUGAGGCAGAGGUGGACGCUUUGAUCAAGGAAGUAUUCGAUCAAUAUGCUGUUGCUAGGGAUACCACAGAAAUGAAUAGGCCGACGACUUACGCGCAUCAGAGUGAUGGAGAUGAGUAUGGAAAUGGAGGUGCAAUCCAGGAACAAUGCACCAUGCAUCCUUCGACAACAGAUGCGAGAACGGCAAUUGGAGGGAGACAGAGUAAGAUUUCUGUUGGUGGGAAUGGGAAAUCUUUGCAGAUUUAUUGAUGGACUUUUGGUUCAUUUCACAUACAUACUACUUUGCUUUCUUCCCUGCCUCUAGCUUCUUUUACCUACGACUUUCGAUACCUCUAUACACUACCUAGUACUUAGAUACCCAGCAAAUAUCAAUUAAUCCAAACCUCAGGUUGAGGCUUCAUUCAUGCUG